UCUCCCAUCCAGUGUCUUUGUAUUCAUAGCACUGACCGACUGCAGGUUUGACUAAGCUUAAGGCUUCAGCAGGCUGAAGGCUACUGAUCAUUAGGGAGACGGAAACCUAGGUUAAUUAAGGCAUAUCUGACCCCUAGCUAAAAAAAGAACGGGGAAAGUGAUGCCACUAAUUUGAGCUCUAUGAAGAAUUGCAUAAUCUGGCAUUCAGUCCAGUGUGAUUCCUCAUGCAUGUCAUUUCAAGUCAAUGUCGGAAGAUGCAGUUCUCUUUACAUUGUGUAACGAGGCUGCAUGGCUUGAAGAACUAUCCGCUUUAUUCACUAAAUUGAGAACAAGCACAGUCAUAGCCCGCUGGAAAUGCAUUCAUGUCUCUGAGCCUUUUGUCUUUUACACACCGUUAACCUAAUAUAAUUUCGUACUGAGUACGUAUGACAUACAACUUAUAAGGAAUGCUUGUAUAAAUGUAGCCUAGUAACUGAUGAGUCUUGAUUGCAAGUUCGAGGUCUUUUUUUAAAGUAGUCUGAAGCUGGUAGAUUAUGCUUGCCAGGUAACUAAAAACGGUAUCUAUCAACUUACAUUAUAAGCCUUUUGGGUUACUACUGUCUGCAUGUUGUCCUUAUUUACAUUUUUGGGUCAUAUCACACAUUGUAAUUCAAAGCUACGCCUCCACGCCACCUCCCCUCCUUGCUUUUCUCUUUGCAGAUGUUGCCACCGAGUAGGCUACGGUAUGAGGACCAUUACCUUUGCGGCUGUCUGAUGCGGGAAACGUCACAGCAGCUAUUAAGUACACUAGAUGCAUAGGAUUCUGCUGAUCUUAGCACCUUUGGAUAUUACCAGAAGUCCUCCAAUUCGGUAGGCUACGUAUCUCCUCCGUUUUUUAUAGUCGACAUCCUACGACAACCUGCCGCGAGGAACGAAGACUUGGGGGGAGGCAAGGACACACCCGCAUACUGUACCUCACCCACGCCGGUGCGCGCGCGGUUAAUGCUGCAGACAACAUGAUGAUCUGAUUAACAGUCGGUCCGGAAUAGGAAAAAUAAUUGUCUUCUGGAUCUAAGUCAUCGGAGAGAUUGUUGACGGCUGGCUAUUUAUCUCCAGAUAUCUUCUGAACAGUGGGAAACGCAACUAACACCCAGUUUGAACAAGGUGACUGCUGAUGGAUCCAUCCAUCAGGUGACAUCCUGUGGCUCUCCAGCUUUGAACCCCCUCCCUCUCCUCCAUCCCCUCCUUGCGGUUCCCCCGGGCUGCAGGGUCCAGCCCCACUGAAAAGUGCAGGCCUCCUGCUCCCCUCGCAGAAUGACUGUAGCCACUGGCGACCCCUCUGAUGAGGCGGCAGCUCACCCGGGGAACCCGGCAGAGUACGACCCUGAUGCUGACCAUGAGUGCUGCGAGAGGGUCGUGAUCAACAUCUCUGGGCUUCGCUUUGAAACACAGCUCAAAACCCUCUCCCAGUUCCCAGAUACUCUGCUUGGGGACCCCAAAAAAAGAAUGCGCUACUUUGACCCGCUGAGGAAUGAGUACUUCUUUGACCGAAGCCGGACCAGCUUUGAUGCCAUUCUCUAUUUUUACCAGUCAGGAGGGAGGCUACGACGGCCGGCCAAUGUGACCCUCGAUAUCUUCUCAGAGGAGAUCCGUUUCUAUGAGUUAGGGGAUGAAGCCAUUGAGCUGUUCAGAGAAGAUGAGGGUUUCAUCAAGGAGGAAGAGAGGCCACUUCCGGACAAUGAGUUUCAGAGACAAGUAUGGUUGCUUUUUGAAUACCCAGAGAGCUCAGGUCCAGCUAGGAUUAUCGCUAUUAUCUCCGUCAUGGUCAUCCUGAUCUCUAUCGUAAGCUUCUGUCUAGAAACCCUGCCCAUCUUCCGCAACGACGAUGAGGAACCGCAAAGUGUCUUUGACACCAACACUAACUCCACUAUCUACUUCACAUCAACUUACUUCACUGAUCCAUUCUUCAUCUUGGAGACUCUCUGUAUCAUCUGGUUCUCCUUUGAGUUCUUGGUGCGCUUGUUUGCCUGCCCCAGCAAAUCAGGCUUUUUUGGUAACGUCAUGAACAUCAUUGACAUUGUUGCUAUCAUUCCUUAUUUCAUCACCCUCGGAACAGAGCUGGCUGAGAAACCAGAAGAUGGCCAGGCGGGUCAGCAAGCCAUGUCCCUGGCUAUUCUCAGGGUCAUCCGUCUAGUGCGAGUCUUCCGAAUCUUCAAGCUGUCUCGACACUCCAAGGGGCUUCAGAUCCUGGGCCAGACACUGAAAGCUAGCAUGAGGGAGCUUGGCCUGCUCAUCUUCUUCCUCUUCAUCGGAGUCAUACUUUUCUCCAGUGCUGUCUACUUCGCUGAAGCCGAUGAGCCCGAGUCCCAGUUUGAAAGUAUCCCAGACGCCUUCUGGUGGGCUGUUGUUUCCAUGACGACAGUAGGAUAUGGCGACAUGGUCCCGACCACAAUUGGUGGCAAGAUUGUUGGCUCCCUUUGUGCCAUAGCAGGUGUGCUUACAAUUGCCUUACCCGUGCCCGUCAUUGUUUCCAACUUCAACUACUUCUACCACCGUGAGACGGAGGGCGAGGAGCAGGCACAGUGCCUAGGCCCAGUUGCAAAAGACGACUCGAAUGAAGACCUGAAGAAGAGCCGGAGCGGCUCAACCAUCAGUAAAUCAGACUAUAUGGAGAUCCAAGAAGGGGUGAACAACAGUAUUGAAGACAUCCCAGAAGAGAACCUCAAGACUCAGGCCAACUGCACGACGCUGGCCAACACAAACUACGUCAACAUCACCAAAAUGCUCACUGAUGUGUAGCCAGCCUCAGUGAGGUUGAGAAGUUAAAAGGGAACAGGUGUACAGCCUCCCAUUUCACAUAUGCUGCUGGAAUAUCAAGGCAAUAGAAACAGGAUGUAUACCUGUACUCAUCAUUUGUUCAUUGAUGAGAAACACCAGAGACCACGUGCUCACCCUCUCCCUUAACUCCCUGUGUUAGCUCCUCACACCUUACCCUCAAACUGGCCAUCUGUCCGACUUCAAAUCUUCAAAUGUUGCCUGUUAAUGUCUGCAUGGAGUUGGCUUUGUCAGUGUGACUGUUCCAAUAAUUAAAUUACCUGCUCACAAUGUUAGCCAAGAAUAGUAGAAAAAACAAGGGAAAUGUAGUUCACUUUCCAAAUAACCCCAGCACCCAACCUGCUUCAGGCCCCCCCUUUCACCUGCUGCUACCCUGGUCUUCCUACAUCGGCAAAGGCACACAGCACUUCUGAAGAGUCCAGUUUCUGUGCCACAAUAUGACGCUUCCUAAAGGAAAUGAAAAAGACCCAUUCUUUGGUGAACUAGUUGGAGAUUAAGAAAAGUGCGAGCAAAAAAGCAAGCAUGAUUCGUUGCUGAGGGCUGUCAUGGCCUGAGUAUGAGACACAAAAGGAGCGUGGCACUGUAAUAGUAGUCCACAUGAUUUAAGAGAUGUAUGACAUCCAUCAGCUCCAUAAGCCCAUGAUGGUUUGACAUCUUUUCUUCAGUAGACAUCAGUAUCUGAUGAAUGACUGAGAAUGGCCUUGAAUGGCCUUUUCACAGCUUCAGUCUUACAUGAUUUAUGUAUUUACUUGACAUUGUAAUGAAAGCUUCCCACCUCCACUCACAUGCACCAGUGGUUCUGCAGCUUUGAGGACAAAGUGAAUGUCUCUCUUCCUCAUUAUGUCUCUCUUCUUCAUUAUUAUUAUUUUAAUUCAUACUCAUUUACCACUUACUGGUAAUUCAUUAGAAGGGUAAGUAGAUUUUACUAACUGUAGCUAGAUAAGUACUGUAGGUAGUAACUUUGCCAGUUGAUUGUUGCAUGUUGUUCAUAUAUGAAUGAGCAUUCGUACUCACAAAACUAUCAUUGCUUCAAAGACAUUUUCUUGUCUAGCCCUCAACAAUCGUCUUUCACACGUUUAACAGUUGCAUACAGGUUCAUAUCAUACAUAUGUAGGCUAUAAAAGUGUCCUAAAUGUCUCAAUCCAGCCCCUAUAUUUUGGAAGGUCAUCCAGAAAUUUGACCUAAAUGUGACAUUCCAUGUAGUGUUCAUCGCCAUUAACUUGUUGCCACACCUCUGAGCUGAAAACAUAGAGGCGUUUAUAUUGCUCUGACAUUGCAGCUGAGCUGUAAUUUGAGGUGAAAAGCAUUAGUUAAUUACUUACAGUGGGCUAGCACUAGUUGCAGCAUUAAUCUCAGUCACAGGCCGACUUGUGUAGCCUCGCCUCGCGGCUGUCUUGUACAACCACGUCCAUUGUGUCUUCAUGGUGAACUACUGGGACGUGUAUAAAGUGAUGCUUCCUCCCUAAAAUGCCUUUAAAACAAGUAGGCUACAGAACACCUAGUGUGCAUGACCUCAAUACAUUCCUAGAAGCAUGUAUUUAAGUUCAAAGAAGCCAAUACGAUUUAAAAGAUACCUAUAUUAAUCUAAAUAUAUACGUACAUACCUUUAUCUGUGAUAACAAAGCAAUAUGGGACGUAUAAGACAGGAAAUAUACAUUCAGCUGACGAUUCAGAGAUGAGGAUGACCAUGAUGGAGAUGAUAGCGUUAAUCCGACAAUCCUUGAUGAAAUGCAGAUCGUUGCUAUGUUUGUUUAAUGGUAUGAACAAUGACACCUAUUUAUUUUGAACACUGAUGGUGUAGCCCCAUUUUAGGGACACUCCGUCCCUAAAGACAUGCAUGCGUAAUACACUAGCCAUUUUUCUGAAGAAUUGGAGGUGGUCAAUUUACAGUUGAUGCAUCCCUCUAGCAUAAUGUUAGCAUUAUCUAAAUACUGUCUUCAAACUCAAACGAGUGAUAGCUUAUAUAACAAACUGCUUAAGUAUGUAGAUGUUUAGCAACUUCUAGCUGCAGAGGUCGAGGUCUCAUGACACUUCUGUUGCAAGUCUCUUGCCUAGAUUAUUUCACGAUGGUCUUCAAGGCACAGCAGAGUGAAGACGAUUAGCCAAUGGAAAUAAAAUGGUGAAAUGGAUCAUCUCUUAUUUACCUCUGGUACAAAUUAGUUGGGACUGCUGUAACAACGAUAUUACCUUUGGCACCUAUGUGCUUCUGACUUGUCGACGGGGAUGAGAAGGACAAGUUUAUGUCUUAGGUCGAAAUGUCUGCCACCAUUGACAUAAGGGGUGUCUUGCUAGAUAGACAAAGAAGAGGUUACCCCUUGUCCCUCCAAAACCCUAUUCUGUUGGUCUCUUUUGUCUUCUUAUUGGCAGUAGAUUGAGCGACUGCAAUCUUCAUUUAUUUUCGAGAGAUGUUGGAAAGAAACUUGAAUUGGACAAUAAUCUGGGGCUGGAACCCUGCUUGUUGAUGCUUCCAUUUAACUUAUAAGACAAUGUUAUUAUGUUCUCUGCAAUUUUUAAAGAAACACUUGCGCCAUGACCUCCCAACUUGUCCAAAAAACCUGUUACAAAACAAGGUGGUGUUUAUGUCUCUCUCUCUCUCUUUCUCUCUCUGUCUGUCUCUCUUUUUGUUUGUGUGUUUCUCUGAACGUGUGUGUCAUAGAUUGGUUCUACAACUGCAUUAAAAGGACAGUGUCCAACCAUUAAGGGGGAAUUGUGCAGAACCAGUAGAACCAUUAAAGAGACAGUGUAGAACCAUUAAAGUGGCAGUGUACAAUGAUUCAUGCAUGUGUGCAUAGUAAGAAAAAACUGUUCACGGUAUGACCAAAAAUAGUUGUCUAUGCAUGCAAAUGCUUUGUAUUUUUUGUAUUAUUUUUCUAUUUGCUUUUUACAAUGGACAGAUCUUCCCAAAACACAUCACAAGAUAGCAUGAUUUCCUAUUUUGUUUGAACUGGGCACAUUCUGAUUCUCACACACUGUCAAAUCAAGGAACAUACUGAAAUAGAAGCACUGUAGUUGAGUAUCAACAAUUUGUUUUCUAGAUGCUCUAAGCAAAAGCACAAAUGGAGUAUACCCAUUUUUUAAUCACUGUGCUUGCAGAUUUACUAUGUAAAAUGUUUAUAUAUUUGCAAAAUGGAGUGUCGCAAAAUCCAAAAUUUAUAUUUUGCUUUAUAGUAAGCAUCACAAGACCAUUGCAACUCAUGUAUACAUAGGGUUCCACCAGCAUAACCACAGUCAUUAGGAUUCCAAACAAGAAAAUGCAGUCAAGUCUAUGCAGAAAGCAACUGGAAAUAUAAAAACACAUUGGUCAGGGUGAAGAAUGGAAGGUUAACUCACAUUGUAAUUCAAAAAAACCCUACAACAUAGAAUAAGGAAAAAAGUUGUCAUGCAGGUGUUCUCUUUACCAGAUUCAAGGUUUGUUUGACAUUUCUUUAUCUUAGUGUUGUAAGUGAUGAAGAGGGCCUUUAUACUUUCACAGAGAAACACAAGCCCUGUAUCCAAUCAAAACAAAUGAAGGAAAACUGCAGUGUGUCUUAAAAAUGUUAUGUCAUAUUGGCUGUCAUAAAUGACUGGGUUAAGAAUGAAUACAUCCUGCAAGCUGUCCCUCACUACCACUGUCAUUGAACAUUAGUGGGACACCGCACCUGACCUCUCUUGCAAAUGCAGCAUUAACAUUUUGAGUGAAACCAUAGUGUGGUUUUCCUUCUAUCUGUAAUUGAUCGCAUUUGGGCCACAGUAAAAGCCUUGCAUUGUACUGUAUGGUUACCAUCACGGUAAAUAUACAGGUAGCUACACAUGCUGGUUAUGCAAUCUACUGUAUGCAUUUGUAUGUCAGAAAGUGUGUUUCUGUGGUCGGAAAGGGAAAGAUGCCAGGUUCACCACUGAUUCAGUAUGUAUAUACAGUAGCUAAUUCACCUUCAACCCUUCCACACGACUUGGUGGCCUGACUACUACAAUCGACUUUGGUACAAAUGGACAACAUUUUUUUUCUAUGAAAAGAAGUGAAGAAAAUACUGUACAUAACAACAAUGAAUUAUGUGGAAGAAAGAAAAAAAAGUACUAUAUGCUAUGCGAAGUCUGUAUUUACAGUAGUAUGAACUGCACUUUACAGGAACAAAAGGACAAUCUGCGGAUAAGAAAAACUAUGUAAAACUAAAAUGCAUAUAAUCCUCUAAAAUGAACAUAACAUGAUUAAAAAAUAACAAUA